AUUUACCAGAGAGCAACGCUAGGAAUUAGAUGGUGCACAGUUGUAUGUUCUUCAUUCUGUUUCCUAAAUUUUAAAACCUGCAUUUUUCUUUCCUCCAAGGUGAGCAGCAAAGAUGAAGACUUUCUGGACCUAUCGGUUGACGUGGAACAAAAUACAUCAAUCACACACUGCUUGAGGGGGUUCAGUAACACCGAGACGCUAUGCAGCGAAUAUAAGUACUACUGUGAGCAGUGCCGCAGUAAACAGGAAGCACAAAAGAGGAUGCGAGUGAAAAAGCUGCCUAUGAUUCUUGCUCUGCACUUGAAAAGGUUCAAAUACAUGGACCAGCUACACCGAUACACCAAACUUUCCUAUCGUGUAGUCUUUCCUCUGGAGCUUCGACUCUUCAACACAUCAGGGGAUGCUACAAACCCAGACCGAAUGUAUGAUCUCGUGGCUGUGGUGGUGCAUUGUGGCAGUGGUCCAAAUCGCGGACAUUAUAUCACCAUUGUGAAAAGUCAUGGGUUUUGGUUGCUAUUCGAUGAUGACAUCGUAGAGAAAAUCGACGCUCAAGCGAUUGAAGAAUUCUAUGGAUUGACUUCAGACAUUUCCAAAAAUUCAGAAUCUGGAUAUAUUCUCUUCUACCAAUCAAGAGACUGAGAUGGCACACUUUUAGAACAUCUUGUGCACAACAGAAGGGAUCAAGGCUGUGCCCAGAAAGGACAGCAUAGUGAUAGCAGAAUCAAUUCCUCCUCGUUAUCGUGGGCAAUUUUCAGGAAAUCAAGUGGUGCAUUUCCUUGAGGAGAACUGCCCUGAACAAGGAUGCAUUUUGCUUUGAUUUUCUUUCUAGGCUAUUUUAUACUUGCUAACUUCCAAAAUCUUUUACCUCUACUUGAAACCCGGCUGCUUAAUUAUUCAAGAACCAAGGAAGUGAUUUUUAAAGUAACCUUGUAGAAUCCGUUCACUGUUCAGUCGUGGCUUAAGACUCUCCUUUGAUUUCCGUUAAUGCCAUUUUUCUGUAUUCUAACAGAAUUAUUUCCCCUCCAGUCUCUGCUCAGUAUCUACCCUGUUUUGGGACACAUCCAGGAGAAAGUUGAUGAAAGUUGCAGUUUUGAUAGUUCAAGAUUGCAGUCAGCUUAAAUCAUACUGGAAGCAUCGUGGUUUAAUUUUUACUUUUUUUUUGUAUGGGAAAAGGACACUAGGUGUUUCUACAGGAUUGAAGAUUUUGUUAAAGAUGUCACUUUUAUUUCAGAUAACACUAUUUAUUCUACAUUUUUUUCACUUUGUCUCUUUCUUAAAAUUUCCUUGAAAAGUAAUUUUUAUAUGCUUUAUAAAUCUGUUAAUCCUUUUUAAAAAGAGAUUUUGACUCCGAACCACAAUACUGUAGAAGUCAGGAAAGAAAUAGGUGUAAAUUUUUGAGGUCACAUCUAGCAUAAAAACUAAAAUAACAGUUUCUUGGAGCUAUUCUCUAAGCCAAAAGUGCCCUCUGCUGAAACAGGAUCUAUUUAGUGUUCAGUUUUGCAUGUAAGAAGCAAUUCUAGGCAUGGAUCAACAUGUUGUAAAUGGACAUCACAGCUCUAAACAUUAAAGUUUAAAUAAUAUUCAUGAUUUUGGCCUUGGAAACAAUUCAGGGGAGGGUUAAGAAGAAAGCACUCAAAUUAACAUCCAUCAGUGCCUUGGAAAAGGUUCCUCUUAACACGAUCACCUUCUGCUCCCCACGUUUCAUUUUCCGGUACAUAUUUCUGCUGUUGCUGCUUCAACAGAGAAAAAAAUAAGGCAGUAUUAGGAAGACUGAAUUACAGUUAAUGUCUAUUUUCCAACAUCAUGUAUUAUAACUCUAAGCAUUCUUAAGAGGAAAAAAAUGUGCAAUGGAGAAGACUCUACCAGAAUUAUUUAGGUUUAUAAGAACCUUGGAUUGGGCUAUGACCUAAAGACCAGUUUGGGGUGUGGGAACCAUUGAUGCCUCUCCCUCCCUACAACAACUUCCCAGCAUACUUAAGCAUGACAUGAGCUAGUCCCAGGAGCCCCUGGUGGGCCUUGAGGAAUGCACAAAGUUCUUUAUUGGUCCACGUAAAGGGAAAUAAGAAUGGGCUUUCUGUUUGGGAGAAGUUAUUCUGAAGUUACCUCUGCUUGUCCCAAAGCUUUCCUCAAUCAUGUUCGGCUGGCAUUUGGCAAGAAGGAAAUUGACUGAGAAAAUUUCAAAACCUGAGCUCUUGCUUUCACUCUGGGGUUUGAAGGGCAGGCAAGCUACUGCUUCCCAAAGUUUGCCUGGUUUGUGCCAGCAAAGAAAAGCUGUGUUUUCCUUGCUUCCUUGGGUCCAUAUUUGUUGGUUUAACUUUUUAAUUGGAAAGCUUUCCCUUACAUUGCAAGGAUGGGCAAGGAUGUCCAUCUGCUGCAGCAUCAUCCAAGCCUCAUGGACAAUGUCUGUGAAGAAAGAGACUUGCUUGCUUUUGCCUUGGCCUCCUUCAGAGCAUCAGAGGCUCUGUAGGUUUCCAUGGGAGGUGGGAGAAGUCGGAACUGUCUUUCCAAGAGUAGAUCCUCAGUGGGGACACCAAACUUUCCUGGGACCUCCAAGGAGGCUAUAAGAUUGCAGCCAUUGUCUUACAGUAGCUGUUUUCUUUUGGUUACCAGUGACAUUCCAUUAGUGACACAUAAUGUCAUCUAUGUGUUUUUAAAUGAUUUCAGAAUUCACAUUUCAGCAUUCAUACUACUUCAGGGAAGCAACUGAUGUGGGUAUGUUAUGUCCAAUAUGCAAGAGUCACCUUUUCUUCAAAGGUUGUCAUCUCUAAUACGAAUAGCUGUUGACAGCCAGUUGGCAGUUAUGCAUUAUUUAGGUAUUAUGUGUGAAUUUUCUCUCGGCUAGAAAUCUUCUCCAAGCAAAACCACAAAAACCUUUAACCCAAUCCACUGUGGACACACACCAUUCGCUCAUGUUGUGGGCCCAGGUGGGGUGAAGCUGAAGAGUCCAUGGGCAAAGCCCCCCACGUCCGAUGGCAGUUGCAACCACCUAGCAUAGGAGAACGCUAAGCUUGUAUUUUGUAUAUUUGGUGAUAAUGUUUUUACAAAUAAUACCUGACUUGAAAGAUGGAGAGAAUAUUGAAAAAUAUAUGUUAUAGAUUAAAAGUGCACUUUUGCUACAGAUUUAUAAAGGGAUUAAAUUGGAAGCGAAUGGUGUGAUGUGACUUCUGUAUAAUAAAUGACCCCCGAUGUCACCAAUAAAGGUCAUGUAUGGUGAAAUGUCUCA